AUGGAAAUCUAUGAUACUGCUGCUUCUCCUGUUGCUGAUGAUGGUGGUGACGGCAGCGUUGGUAGUGCUGCUCCAGCUGCUAUUGCUGCUGUCCUUGUCGGUAAGGACUCAAGAGUAAAAUAGCA